AUGGAGGAGGCCAGCAGUCAUUCCGUCGUGCUGCACGUCUACGAUCUCUCGCACGGCUUGGCGCGUCAGCUGUCGCAGACCCUUCUGGGGACGGCGAUCGACGCGGUGUACCACACGGGCGUGGUGGCGUACGGCACCGAGUACUGGUUCGGCGCGGGCAUCCAGCGCGGCGUGCCCGGCCGCACUGACUUCGGACCGCCCAUGGAGGCAAUCCGACUAGGGUGCACGGAGAUUCCGCGCGACCUCUUCGAGCAGUUUCUGGCUGACGUCAGCGCCAACUACAGCCCGCAUCGCUACAGCCUGCUGUCGCACAACUGCAACCACUUCAGCGACGAGGUCGCGCACUUCCUGCUGGGCCGCGGCAUCCCCACGCGCAUCCUCGACCUCCCCCGCCACGUCCUCAGCAGCCCGCAGGGCGCCCUGCUUGCGCCGCUGCUACAGCAGCUGGAGACCACUCUCAAGUACGGCGCCGCGCCUCAUGCGCCCUUCCCCGCGCCCUCCCCCAUCAGCGCGUCCCCCAGCUACAGCAUUCCCGCACAGCUGCUACACCCUCCGCCCACCUCUGUUCCCGCAUCCACUGCUCCAGACGCUGCUUUAAAUUCGAGCAGCGCGUUGCCAGCAGUAGGUGCUGCAGCAACAGGGGCAGCAGCAGUCGCUCGCAGGGCCCAUGGUGAUGGUGGCACGGAUGCGGGGCAGAUUGGAGAAAAAGGGCAGUCAGACGCAUCAGACGCAGCAGAAGGAACGUCAACACCAGCAGCAGCACCAGCAACCUCAACAGCAGCAGCACCAACGACAGCAGCAACGCCAGCAGCGUCAACAGCAGCAGGCAGUGCAGAGGCACGGAUGAAGGAGGCAGUGCAAGCGGAGAUCAGGCGUGAGUUUGCAGCUCUCAUGGCAGCGGGUGGCCUGGCUGCCAGCGAGGCUGCUGCUGCUGCUGUCAGGCGAGUGGUGGCCCGCCAUGGCCUCACAGCUGCUGCUGCUGCUCCCUAG